AUGAAAUCCUUUGACACAAUUCUCCACCUGCUUCAAGAGAUCGAAGGAACCCAAACCAGUGGCACAGAGGUGCGACUUGAGGCCACAGGGCUUUUGAAGGCCAUCAUCCAGCCCAGCUUUAAGUUCAUUGCCUGUAUGGGUGUGCUGGAGAAUGCACGGCGUCAGCUGGGCCGGCGGGCCGGGCAGGGUGCGGGUCGCCUAGCUGGGGGGGGGGCAGUCUCCUCCGGGGCUCCGCUGAGGAGCAGUGAAGACAGAGGUGCGACGCUUCGGCGGGCCAUGGGAAAACCCCGGAGGCAGGCUUUGCGGGGCCCGGGAUACAUGUUUGGCGCACGCUACUCAAGUCUGUCCUUGACAGAGGAACAUUUCUUAGACGCUGCAGAAUAUGGUAACAUCCCUGAAGUGAGAAGGAUGCUGGAGGAGCUACCAGAACUCAACGUCAACUGCGUUAACUACAUGGGCCAGAAUGCAUUGCAGCUGGCUGUGGCCAGUGAGCAUCUGGAGGUGACUAAAUUCCUGCUAAGGAAAAAAAACCUUGCUAGGAUUGGAGACGCUUUGCUCUUAGCCAUCAGCAAAGGGUAUAUUCGAAUAGUGGAGGCCAUAUUGCACCACCAGGCCUUUACGGACAAUAAGAGGCUGACUGACAGUCCCAGCCAGUCUGAGACGCACGACGACUUCUUUGCCUACGAUGAGGAUGGUACGCGUUUCUCGCACGAUAUCACCCCUAUCAUUCUGGCCUCCCACUGCAACGAGUAUGAGAUAGUGCAUGUACUUCUGAUGAGGGGGGCUUGCAUAGAACGACCUCACGACUACUUCUGCCAAUGCACAUCCUGCAGCGAGCACCAAAAGUACGACUCCUUCAGCCAUUCGCAGUCUCGCAUCAACGCGUACAAGGGUCUGGCCAGCCCGGCCUACCUCUCCCUCUCCAAUGAAGACCCUGUGAUGGCGGCUCUCGAGCUGAGCAACGAGCUCGCGGUUCUGGCCAACAUUGAGAAGGAGUUUAAGAAUGAGUACAAGAAACUGUCCAUGCAGUGUAAAGACUUUGUCGUGGGCCUUUUGGACUUGUGUCGCAACACAGAGGAGGUGGAGGCCAUUCUGAACGGGGACACUGAGUCGUGUGAACAUUCAGAGCCCUCCUGCAGGCGAAGCCUCAUUAGGCUAAAACUCGCAAUAAAGUACGAGCUGAAGAAGUUUGUGGCUCAUCCAAACUGCCAGCAGCAGCUUCUUUCCAUCUGGUACGAGAACCUGUCCGGACUACGGCAACAAAGCACCGCGGUGAAGAUCCUUCUGGUCCUGGGUGUGGCUUUUGGGCUGCCCAUACUGGCCUUCCUGCACUGGAUAGCGCCCUCUAGUAAGCUAGGGAAAGUCAUCCGUGGGCCGUUCCUGAAGUUUGUGGCCCACGCCGCCUCCUUCAUGAUAUUCCUCUGCCUGCUGGUGAUGAACGCCGCAGACCGCUUUGAGGGAACGACGCUGCUGCCCAACAUGACCACCCACGAUCACCCGUCACAGCUGUUUCGCAUGAAAACCACCCCCCUCACCUGGACGGAGAUGCUUAUCAUAUCCUGGGUCAUAGGGAAGAUCUGGGCGGAGUGCAGGAACAUCUGGUCGCAGGAUAUACGCGAGUACGUCUCAGAGCUGUGGAAUCUCCUGGACUUUGGAAUUCUGGCUAUUUUUGUGACGGCGUUCAUCGCCAGAUUGAUGGCUUUCUGGCACGCCUAUUCAGCCCAGCGUUAUGUAGACACCCACUACACCGAUGUAGCCAACGCCACCUUGCCUUUGGAGAUCCAAUAUUUCCAGCUUGCUCGAAACAAUUGGAUGCCCUCAGACCCGCAGCUGAUAUCUGAGGGUCUCUACGCCGUCGCAGUCGUGCUGAGUUUCUCUCGCAUCGUUUACAUCCUGCCGGCCAACGAGAGCUUUGGGCCUUUGCAGAUCUCCCUGGGGAGGACUGUGAAAGACAUCUUCAAGUUCAUGGUCAUUUUCAUCACGGUUUUCGUGGCCUUCAUGAUAGGAAUGUUCAAUCUCUACUCGUACUACCUCGGAGCCAAGCAGAACGAAGCCUUCACGACGGUUGAAGAGAGCUUUAAAACGUUAUUUUGGGCCAUAUUUGGUUUGUCCGAAGUGAAGUCAGUUGUCCUCAACACUGACCAUAAAUUCAUCGAGAACAUCGGCUAUGUGCUGUACGGGGUGUACAACAUCAUCAUGGUGAUCGUCUUGCUCAACAUGCUAAUUGCCAUGUUCAACAGCUCCUUCCAAGAAAUUGAGGACGAUGCUGACGUGGAGUGGAAGUUCGCUCGCGCCAAACUCUGGUUCUCGUAUUUUGAACACGGCGGCACGCUGCCCGUGCCCUUUAACCUCAUACCCAGCCCCAAGUCCAUCAUUACCCUCUUGUUGGGAAUAUGGGAGCUUCUCUGCAAGCUAUUUCGACGGGGGAGCCGAGACAGUCCGACGGACGACGUGGAGCUUGAUAAGUUGAGGCAGCAAGAAGAAAUGAAUGUCGGAACAUCUUCAUGUCUGACCCGGCACCAAAAGAUAAUGAAUCGCCUUAUCAAGAGGUACAUCAUCAGGGCGCGGAUCGAUAAGGACAACGAUGAGGUGAACGAAGGAGAACUCAAAGAGAUCAAACAGGACAUUUCCAGUUUACGCUACGAGCUCCUAGAACGGAAGAACGACAGCAUGGAAACCAUGGCGGCGCUCAUCAGGCAACUCGGAGAUGUUACGCGCACGCCGCAAACUGAGAAGAAAGCUGGGACGGGGAUGUGUCCCGUUGAUUUAGAGAAUAUGCAGGAACGUUAAUUCCUUAUACCCGUUUAAUCCAGAUGACGGUCACAGGGUCUUCAUUUUACUUGCCUGUUGCUGCAGGCAUUGGACAGAAGCCAGUGGGACACAUUGGAGGUGUCACUAGUCCAUUACAGGGCCAAAAAACACACUAUCGUGGGCGUCUAGGUGGCAUAGUGGUGUAUUCCCUUGCCUACCAACAUGGGGAUCGCCGGUUCGAAUCCCCGUGUUACCUCCGGCUUGGUCGGGCGUCCCUACAGACACAAUUGGCCGUGUCUGCGGGUGGGAAGCCGGAUGUGGGUAUGUGUCCUGGUCGCUGCACUAGCGC